AUGGAGAGUCCAUAUUUUCUUACUUUUCUGGUUUCCGCUAUGAGCUGCAAUUGUAAAAGCAGUUUCGAAUCUGAACACGCUAAUUUGUUACAGGCAUCAAACCUUCUGGUAUUGGGAAAUGGUUCAGCGGGUGGCACUGGUGCAGCACCAGUUAGUUCUUCCGCUUUGGAUAUAUCGGCAUGCACACAGCAACAGCCCAAUUCAGUUUUGCGUGUUAUCAUCGAGAAUAUGCUGUAUCCAGUCACCUUGGAUGUGCUGCAUCAGAUUUUCUCAAGAUAUGGCAAAGUUCUUCGAAUUAUCACCUUCAAUAAAAACAGUAAUCCUUUUCUUCAAAAUUGUAGAAUAUUUUACUCAGCAAUAACAGUUGCUGCUAGAAAAGGCGAGGAGGGAGAACAGGUACUUUUUUUAUAA